AUGGAUGAGGACCAGAUUCCGGCACAGAUCGUGCCAUCAAGGCGGCGGAAGACAAUGGGCGACUACCUGCACUCGCUCAAGGAUUUGUUUUUCACGCGCAAAGGCCUCCUCGGCGAUUACGACUACGGCUUUCUCUUUAGGCCCAACCUGCCGUUCAUGAAGGCACCCCGGCUGUCGUCGCCCUUUUUUGGCCUCAACGACUCUAUGCCUGUUGCGCUGGCGCUGCUGCUCGGCUUCCAACACUCCCUGUCUAUGCUGGCUGGCAUCAUCAGCCCCCCGCUUAUCAUGGCUGGUGCUGGAGGCGCCAACCUGACCCAGUCACAAGAGCAGUACCUCGUGUCAACCGCUCUGAUCGUCUCCGGCAUCCUUUCCAUGAUCCAGAUCACUCGCUUCCACAUCUACAAGACACCGUACUUCCUCGGAACUGGCCUCAUCUCUGUCGUCGGAAUCUCAUUUGCCAUCAUCCCCGUCGCCUCGGGCGCCUUCAAGCAGAUGUACGCCAACGGCUUCUGCCCGACCGCUGAAGAUGGAACACUGCUACCGUGUCCUGAUGGCUACGGAGCUCUGCUCGGCACAGCUGCAGUCUGUGCGCUGCUCGAAAUUCUUAUCUCCUUCAUUCCUCCUCGGACAAUGCUGAAGAUCUUCCCGCCCAUCGUCACCGGCCCCACGGUCAUGCUUAUUGGCAUCUCGCUCAUCCAGUCUGCCUUUGAGGAUUGGGCUGGCGGUCUCGGCUUCUCCGUGUUCAUCGCCAUCAUUCUCUGUGAGCGGUUUGGUGCGCCCAUCAUGAAGUCGACAUCCGUCGUGAUCGGCCUGCUGGUCGGCUGCAUUAUCGCCGGCGCAUGCGGAUAUUUUGACAAGUCGACGAUCGAUGCAGCCCCGGCAGCUUCGUUCAUCUGGGUGCACACGUUUAAGCUGAGGGUCUAUGCGCCCCUAGUACUGCCGAUGCUGUCGGUCUUCGUCAUCUGUGCAUGCGAGGCCAUUGGCGACGUGACCGCGUCCUGCGAUGUCAGUCGGCUGGAGGUCUCGGGCCCGAUCUACGAGAGCCGGAUCCAGGGCGGCGUCCUCGCCGACGGCUGCAACGGCGUGCUGGCCGCCCUGAUGACCAUCACGCCCAUGACGACGUUUGCCCAAAACAAUGGUGUCAUCGCGCUGACGCGAUGUGCCAACCGCAAGGCUGGCUACUGCUGCUGCAUCUUCCUCAUCAUCAUGGGCGUCUUUUCCAAGUUUGCCGCUGCCUUGGUGGCCAUCCAGAGUCCUGUUCUCGGCGGCAUGACCACCUUCCUCUUCUGCUCCGUCGCCGUGUCUGGAAUCGCCAUCAUCACGCGUGGCGUGCCAUUCAAUCGCCGCAACCGCUUCAUCCUGACUGCCGGCCUGGCUCUCGGUUACGGCGCCACCCUUGUGCCUACCUAUUUCUCCUAUGUCUUCACCUACAAGGGCAGCAACAAGUCGCUGUCCUCCUUCCUCGACGCCAUCGUCCUCGUCAUGGAGACUGGAUUCGCCGUCACUGCCGCAGUCUGCUGCAUGCUCAACCUGUCACUGCCCGCGGAGAUCGACAAUAUUGACGAGAGCGAGAUUCCUGCCGACUUUCCCGAGCCCGACGAGGCACCACCCACUCGUGGCGAGCUGGCCAGAAAAGAGGAAACUGAUCGUGUCGGUGCUGGGAGCGAUGUAACGGCACCGCGGACGUUUCUUGAGAAGUGA